UAAAAUAGAAAGAAAUUAAGAAACAGACGAAAAAUGAAGGCUUUUCCCUCUCUUGUUGUUGCCCUCCUCUUCCUCAACUUGUUAUCAGCUGACGCCACUCUCGAAGAAACAUGCAAGCAAUUAGCAGCUCACACAGGCGUUCAUUUUGACGUCAACUUCUGCAUAACAACUCUUCAGGUUGUUCCAGGAAGUAAUGAAGCUGAUGCUAUAGGUCUUACCUCUAUAAUAGCCAACCUAGCGAACGCCAACAUCACGCACAACCUUGCCAAAGUGAAGGAGUUGCUGAACAGUAAAAACGUGUCAGCGGAGAGCAAAAAGGCUCUGGAUGUCUGUGAAGAAGUGUACGAUUUGGGCAUUGAGGACAUCAAGGAAACGAUUGAAGCGCUCGAGUCUCGCAAUUUUUUCACGGUUAAGAGUCGUUUGAGUGCGCUAUUGUUCAACGUCUUCACGUGCAGGGAUGCUUGGGCCGAGUCGAAGCUGAAGUCUCUGAUGCCUAAAGAAGAAGACGAUGCUUAUAAAAUCAGCGACCUUGCUGUCUCCAUUGGUGCUUCGCUUCCUGAUCAUCAGUAACUUCUUGAUUUGUCUUCAGUCUGUGGGUGUCGGAUGUUGGACGUUUAGAGUAAGAUAUUAUAUAUGAACGUUUGUAGCCAUGGUGCCCUUCAUUGUUUCUCGGAUUAGACUUGGUCAAGGUAGUUCGCGUUUACAUGAAAGACGAAGGCGAAAAUCAUGGGGAAUUUCAUGUCUAGGUAUCAAAUUUAGGCUUUCCCUUUGUUUUGUACGCAUAGAAGUUAAGUUCUUGGAUUAGUUCAGGUCUUCUAAUUAAAACCAUCAAUUCAUCA